AUGCCCACCAUGGAAAUGGAAAAAUCCGAGAAGACUCAGACCCCAGCGCUGACGCCAGAGGAGCUCAGCCAGCGCUCGCCCACGCCCUCGACUGAGGACGAGGAGGAGGUCCAUUAUGUCGGCCACCUGAAGUUCUCGCUCAUCUUCAUCGGCCUUUGUCUGUCGGUCUUUCAAGUCGCAUUGGACGAGGUGGUGCUGGGAACUGCGAUCGCGACCAUCACCGACGAGUUCCAUUCGCUGCAGGACACUGGCUGGUAUGGAUCAGCGUACUUGUUCACGGACUGCGCGUUCCAGCUGGUGUUUGGCCGGCUGUACUCGAUGCUGCCGGUCAAAACCGUCUACCUGGGCGCUCUGCUGCUCUUCGAGAUCGGAUCGAUCAUCUGCGCAACAGCCCCUAACUCGAUUGCCCUGAUUCUUGGUCGCACGAUCGCAGGCAUUGGCGCAGGAGGGAUUCUGUCCGGAGCCCUAACGAUCCUCUCGCAGUCCGUGCCCAGAGCAAAAGUGGCGGUCUUCAACGGCAUUCUCGGUGCUGUCAAUGGUGUCGCGUUCAUUUGCGGUCCUCUGCUCGCCGGUGGAAUCAUCAAUGGCACCACCUGGAGAUGGAUCUUCUAUAUCAACCCGAUCAUGGCCGCCCCGACCUUCGCCAUCAUCAUCUUCAUGCUCAAGGUAAAAGCCCCGACGACGCCGCCGACGACGUGGAAACAGAAGAUUGAGAAGCUCGACUUGCCUGCGUUUACCCUGUUCCUCGCCUCCAUCCUGUGCUUGAUCCUGGCCCUGCUGUGGGGAGGCAAGGAGUAUUCGUGGAAGAAUGCCCGGAUCAUCGUGCUCUUCAUCCUGUUUGGAGUGCUCAUGGGGGCAUUCAUGGCAGUGCAAAGCAGAAAGGGGGAUGAAGCACUCGUUCCGAUGGGAAUUGUGAAACGGAGGAGCAUCGCGUUUGGCAUGUUCUUCUCCUUCUGCACGUCAGGGACAGGGUUCAUCCUGGAAUACUACCUGCCGAUCUGGCUACAGGUGAUCAAAGACCUGUCGGUCAUCUCGUCCGCGGUCAAAUUACUCCCCAUUAUCGGGGCGGCCGUUGUCUUCACGACGCUGUGUGGAAUCCUGACCCCUGUGAUCGGCCACUACGUGCCCUUCAUGAUCAUCGCGACGGCCCUCCUGUCCGUGGGAAUGGGCCUCCUGUCGACGCUAGAGUACACGUCGCCGAUCCGCGAUGUGCUAGGGUAUCAGGUUCCGGCCGGUGUAGGCCUAGGGUGCGCCCUGCAGCAGACCCUCGUAGCAGCGCAGACAAUCCUGCCAAUGAACGACAUCCCCAUAGGCGUGUCGCUGAUCGUGCUAGCCCAGACGCUAGGCGGCACUAUUGCCCUGUCGGCCGCAGACACCAUUUACACAGGGACCCUGGCGUCGACCAUCAGCGCGCGGUUCCCGGAGGUCAGCGCCUCUGAGGUCUUGAACGCCGGUAACCGAGAGAUCCGCAACCUCGUGCCGGCGGAGUCCCUGGCGACGAUCAUGGGGUUGUGCAACGCGGCCAUCGUGAAGACGUGGUACCUCUCCAUUGGGCUAGCAGCAGCAUCGGUCAUCGGCGUGCUGGGCAUGGAGUGGAAGCGAGUCACGGCCGGACCGCAGAAGUAG